GCUUACCCCUCCAAUCUCUCUGGCAAACACGGCGGCGGCUUCGAUCCCAACAGUAACACUUCUAUGCAAGUACCCUCGUCGCAACAAUUCUAUCCAACCCAGUUACAUCACGGUGGCGGAGGUGCUUACGAUCCAAACAAUCCCACAAAGCCUGUCGUUGUAGUGCAGCAUCAACCAGUAUCACAACUACAGCCUACAUUCUCACCCCAAACACAAGCCACAAACUACUACCAGCCUUAUCAACAGUAUCAUCAACCUCCACCGCAGGGCGCAAGCAACCAGCCGGGAUUCAUUACUCAGCUGUGUGGUUGUUUCAAGUGAAUAGAUCGACACUACCAUCACCAUGGUCGCGAAUGACGCUCAAGCAUCAGUUCGCGAGAUCGCGCCAUAUGAACAUGCUGCUCCGUACCAAGGUGACAAUGGAGCAAACGAAAAACAACCAGGCGUCUCGUCUAUAGUGCGCAACGGCCCGAUAGAGCUGAAAGGAUAUUCGUACAUCUUCUCACCCAUCACUACGGUGAAAUGGGGGUUUCCGAACUUCUAUCGCAAGCCAGGACUUGGAUAUCAGAAGCUUGGCCAACACCGUCACCGCGACUGCUUUGAUCGCGAAUGGACGGGCGAUUAUGAUGAUCGAUACAUCUCAUCCUGGGAUGGCCAGGUUUCUAAGCUCGUUGUACAAGCCGUCGACGAUAUCUUCGAAAACAACACGGGAUCUACGUACCGGAAAACAUUCAUCCGCAACAUUGCGCCAGUGUAUUUGCGACUGGCCAACUGGCCCUUCAAACACAUUGACUUUGCGCGGCUCAAUGGGAAGAUUCCUAGUGAAGACUACCCUAUGCUUUGCCUCAAAUGGUUCAUCGCAUCGUGUAUGAUCACGAUAUUUAUCUCUAGUCCAAGCCCUGCUGAGAUAGCUUCACGAAACGGGGGCAACUACGAUCCCGUGCCAUAUCAGUACUUUGGGUACCCAAAAGUCGCCAAAAACGCGAUCGAAAUGCAUAAACCCAAAGGUCUCGCGUCGAGUGAGGCCAACCCUAUCGCUGAACGUGUCUUGCGUCCCAGAUAUCUCUGCUUCUUGCGCGAGGAAGGUAAGCCGGCGAUGAUCAUAAAGGUCGAAGAUUGGCUGGCACAACAAAGCGGUCACAGUCUAUCAUAUGUCUUUAUCGCAUACACCGCCGAGCAGUUCAACACGCCCAAUGACUUUAGGGUCUUACAUGAGAUUGCCGACGCCGCGGCGCGCAACGCGGGUGUCAUUGCAUACUGGGUCGGAUGUUCUUGUAUGCCUGACAACCAACUCGAGGAGGACGUGUAUCGUAUAUGCGACGUCAUUCGAGGCGCGCAGUCCCUCGUGAUCGCAGUCACAGCUCCGGCAAACAACAGGUACGAGAUCAACACACCUGAUCUCAUGCUUCAACAAUGGGGUAGCCGAGUGUGGACUUUUCCGGAAGUUCUCUUAGCUCCUGCUGGUGAGAUGAUCAAAGUCUACGUGCGUGACAGCGAUCUAUCGCAGCCAAUUCUGGUCGCAAAGAAUCAGUUCGCUGCUCAAGUCUGGCACGACGACGCUCAUGUCGCCCGACAGCUUAUCGACCACUACGAAGGAAAUCUGAUCUUGAGCCAGCUUGAGCUCGUCACGCUUGCUCUCGAGUGCCUGCACAAGCGCCAGACUGGAGAGUAUCUUCCCGGUGAUCAUAGCUACGCUCUGAUGGGCUUGCUUCGCGUCAGGCCACAGAUCGAUCGUACGGACUCUGCGUUCCAAGCAUUCGCGCGUCUCUCCCUUGCGAACGGUAGCGACCAGCUACUGGAGCGUCUAAUAUGCAUGCUGCCGAAGACGCCGGACCAACCGUGGCACUCGAUGGACGAUGCCUAUAAUGCCAAGCUCUGGGACAUAUUGCCUCAAGAUGUCGGUAUUGCCGGUGUUGGUGAAGACGAUAGCAUCAUCCUUGACGGUUGCCGUGCCGCAAAUGUACGGUGGAAGUCGUUCACACCAGUCGCUCACACUCGGCGCGACUCGUGGAAACGUCUGAUCGCGAAGUUGAUGCUGCGUCUCGGCGGUGUCGUGUUCAUCGUUGCUAUUGCACUCCUUGCUAUCCCUUUCGCUACCUCGAUAUUGCGCGCCAUCGGCGCCUUUUUGCUCAUCUACUCACUGUUAAUCAUGGGCUUAUCGCCAUGGUUGCUUCGCUUGCUCUAUCUUGGCAAGUUUUGGGAGCAACAAUGCUGGUUUUUUGGCUUUGAGGGCUACAUGGACCUGGAAACGAUUGAGACCCAGAUAUUUGGUGGUAGACUAGGGCGCAUGAAGUGGACCGCAGCGGCUAGUCCACUUUCCAGGCACGAGCGCAAUGUUCAUGGCGAAUGUGUUCCUAUCGAUCCAACAACCGAUCCUGCCGUUGCAGCUCUUGUACAACGAGCGAAAUCAGCUGGGCCUGGAGAGCAGCGCCUCUUCACGCUCGUAGAUACCGGCAACAUGACGGCGACUCUCUUCCUUGCCGAACGCCCACCCGUGUGUUUCCUUAUGGCCGGCUCUGAGGGCGGUAUGAAGCGCAUCAUUGGUUGCUCCUACGACUGGACCACGGCAACGAUGUACCGAGAAACCGUGCUGCGAAUAGGUACAGAGUUCGAGGACAAGAUGUCGCGCAUCGGACGUGUCAAGAUUGGCUUCAAGCGCAAGCAGCAUCCCUUCGGCCCGCUGUCCCAGGUUGGUGAGGCAGAAGGUAAGCAGUUGUAGUGGAUAUCGCCCCGGAAUGCGUUAUGAUGUUAUGUUGUGCUAUCGCGUGAAGUUUUGAUUGCGCAUGAGUUUCAGCUGCGUUUUGUGGAUGACGAAUGGGAAUUGUUGGUAGCCUGGCCCCUGUGUCCCACCAUAGCGUUUGUGGGGAUUUCUACUAGCUCAGAUAGGGCGAGCCCGGUCAUCUUAGUUUGGAUCCGUGACGACAAAGGGCCGACUGUAGCGUGAGGACAAUCUAUCUUGAUAAUCACAUAAUCAAUGCAUUCGACACACCGCAUCUCGUCCUAAAAACAUCCACAAAAGAGAUAACCGCGCCGUUCCAUAGCACAAGACUUGUGCCUCUAAGCGACUGACCAUGUAUCAUUUUGUUGCCCCACUCUUCUUGGUCUCUUCGGAGGGCCAAGCGAACAGGGCCGACCACCAGCUCAACAACAUCGAAGCCGUGGCCACUAAGCAGCGCAGAAAAGUUCAGAAUCGGAAGAACCAACGAUUGCAUCG